AUGGCGGCUCCAGGUGCGCUCGGGGGCUCGCCCAGGUGCGCCCGGGGGGGGCUCGAGCUCACCUGGGGCCUCCUGGGGCUGCUCUACCUGCGCGGUGGGGGGGGUGGGAGCUCCAUCCUGGGAGACACCUGGGGGCACCUGGCAGUACCUGAGGGUCGCCGGGAUUACCUGGGGGUUACCUGGGGGUUACCUGUGGAUACCUGGGGGUCUCCGGGGUUACCUGUCCUGACCAGCUCAGGUGUUGCAGACUCGCUGGAGCCGGAGCCGCCUCACCUGCGCCUGGCCGGGGGCGGGCACCGCUGCCAGGGGAGGGUGGAGCUGCUGCACCUGGGCAGGUGGGCCGGGGUCUGCGGACACACCUGGGGGCCGCGCGAGGCUCAGGUGGUCUGCAGGUACCUGGGCUGUGGGACCCCCCUGGCUGCCCCACCUGGGGGCUCACCUGGGGGCUCACCUGGGGACGCACCUGAGGGCGCACCUGGGCAGGUGUGGCUGGAGCAGGUGAGCUGCGAAGGCACCGAGAGGAACCUGAGCCAGUGCAGGGCGGGGCCCUGGAGGGAACACACCUGUGCCCAGGGGGGCGUGGCCAACGUGACGUGUUCAGGCUCGGCUCUGGCCACGCCCCCCCAGGUGCGCCUGGCGGACGGGCCGCACAGGUGCGCGGGCCGUGUGGAGGUGUCACACCUGGGCAGGUGGGGCACGGUGUGCGAUGACACCUGGGGCUUCGCUGCGGCCGCCGUGGUGUGCAGGUACCUGGGCUGCGGUCACGUGAUCGCGGCCCCGCCCCGCGCGCGCUUCGGGCCCGGCAGCGGCCCCGUGUGGCUGGACGGGCUCACCUGCACAGGUGAGGAGGGAGCGCCCUCCGAGUGCCGCCACAAAGGAUGGGGAGUGCACACCUGUGAGCACAGCGAGGACGCGGGAGUGGUGUGCGCAGGUAACUCCAGCUCAGGUGAGGUGCGGCUGGCGGCCGGGCCGCACCUGUGCGCAGGUAGGGUGGAGGUGCUGCACGAGGGGCGCUGGGGGACGGUGUGUGAGCACGGCUGGGACCUGAGAGACGCACAGGUGAGCACGGACAG